GCAAGAAGCUAACUGGGCUAAAACGGGCCGCACUACCUCCCAAAAAAAUAACCGUCCUGCCGGCUGGCAAGGAGCCUUCUCUUCUUUAAAGUUCCACCCAAAAAAUAGAGCAGCGAAGAGCAAGGAAUCGUCAGGAGCAGAAAUAGCAGCAAUAAAGUCUUGUUUCAAUUAAGUUUGGUGCGUAAGAUAGAGAAAAAGUAGAAACCGGAAGCCAAACUCGACUGGAAGAAAAGAAAUUGGGAGGCAAACACAAAUAGACAAAGUACAGGCAGGAUAUAGCAUGUAAAUGCGACUGCCUACACACGUAUUGUCCUGUGGAUGUGUCUGCUUAAUAGGAAAAGCAAAUAGCAACGAGCUCAUGGAAAAUAAAUAUAAAUAAGCCAACGCCAACAACAAUAGCUAGCUGGAAUAAGCGACAAGGAAAGCAAUUGGUUGACGCUUUCCCUCGUUGGCGGUCAAGGAAAAUUUAUUGCAUUGCACAAAUGAGACAAGGAGAAAACGCAAACGAAGCAAAGGCAAACAUGGACAAGAAAAAUAACCAAAAUUUGAGCAACAAAUUGAAAAAUUAAAGUUUCGCAGCAAGGAAACUUUUGGUGGAAAAACUCUAGACAUAAAUCAAGUGUCCCAGUAUGGAUUCGGGACACAGAAGAUAUUCGCUCGCCUAUGGCAUAGUGGCAUGUCUGCUGCUCCUCGAAACCGCCGAAUGCCUGACAAUGACCGAAAUCAAAAUCCCCAAGCAUAUAAUGCGGCACGAGGACGCGGUGCUCGGCUGUAAGUUUGAUCUCGACGGGGAGUCCCUCUACUCGGUGAAGUGGUACAAGGACGGAUUCGAGUUCUACCGCUACGUUCCGAGAGACAUGCCGCCGGGGCAGGUCUUCCCACUCCCAGGAGUCGACGUUGAGCUACAAAACUCAACGGAAUACGCCGUUGUCCUGCGCUCUGUGAGCCUUCAGUCCACUGGCCGAUAUCGCUGCGAAGUGUCCGGCGAGGCGCCUUCGUUCCAGACAGUUUCCGGUCACGAGGACAUGAUUGUUGUGGUGACACCGAAGCACGGACCACAAAUCACGGGCGGACAGCCCCGCUACCAAAUUGGCGACAUGGUGCGCGUCAAUUGCACCUCGGCGGCCUCGAAGCCGGUCUGCCACCUCAGCUGGCAGAUAAACGGGAUGCACGCCAACCGCUCCCUGCUCCGGCCAUACGAACCGCUGGUGGUGGGCCGGGAGGGCCUGGAGGUGGCCCGGUUGGGGCUGGAGUUCCGGGUGAGAGGAUGACAUUUCAAGCACGGCGACAUGAAGUUAAAGUGUGUCGCCAAAAUCUCCUCCGUGUACUGGCAGAGCAACGAGGAGAGUGUGGAGAGUGACAAGCACCAGAGGAUUCCGGUCCUGGAGUCCCGGGAGACGGUCAUGUCCAAGUCCCGUCAGUCGCUCGACAAGGCUCAGUCCACGCUGGAAGACAAACAGCUGAAGAAGAGCCGACGUCCUGCAGCAGCCACCUCUUCAGCGACAGCAGCAGCAGCCGCCGCCGCAGCAGCGGCCUCCAGUGCAGCAGUAUCAACUAUGGCGCCAUCAGGGGCGAUCUGGGGCUCAUCUGUACCCUGGUCACGCAUAUUAGCUUCCAAAUCAAUUGCACGCAUUUCCCUCUACGCACUGCCAGUCUUAAUAGCAUUUCUGUGUAGCUUUCGACCUCCCGUCGCUGGGAGUUGCUGUCAAAGGCGAGGCAAUACCAACAGCAACAGCCACAUCAGCAACAGCAACAUCGGCAUCAGAAAGACAAACAGCAGCCAAUUAAGCUGCGAGUCAGCUGCCCAGCGAAGAUAACAAUUAACCGAGAAGAACGGCCCAAACAGCCUUUUCAUCAGAAGAGGCAAAUAUUAUUAGGUUCCACUGUAAAUAUUUUUGGAGUUUUCGGUCACAUCAA